GUGUGCAAGGCACCUUUUCAUGAAAAGAGAUUGUGUUUCCGAAGUGGGAAUGGAGGUGUGUUCUCUUGUUAGUGUUUGCGCUUGACGGUGCAAGCUUUUUUUUUAUUGCAUCUUCACACAGUCCUAGUAUAGUAGUUCAGGAGAACGUUGUUGAUUGCUUUGCACAGGCCCAGUCAGUGACAGUGUCUUUGAACAAUUAUGUCCUGAUGAUGCAUCACGCUGUGGGAUAGCUGAUUAAUUCAAGUCAUUUCCACAUAUCACCUAAGUCCUUGAUGAUUUCGUCAUCCUUCGGUCUAAAAUAAUUGUUGAUCAGGCAGCAGAGGAUUGGCAGAUGAAAUGCCUGGGGUGUCCAAGACAACUGGAUAGAUUUGGUUGGCUGGGAAAGUCUCUAGCUCUUACUCCUCUCUUUCUGGAUUUGUGGCUGCAAAUAAUGUUGCUACGAAUCGACGUGGCGCUACUUUUGCCGAAUCAGUGAGUAACCCUUGCGCUAUAAUUUGGAGGACGUUCAGAGAGUGCUAUCCAGGAUGAAGUUUGAUCAGAAGGUGUUGACGUGGAUGGCAAACCAAGCUUGCCCAUGUGACAAGGAGGCUUGCCUGUGGAUGCUGGAAAAAGGAUUUUUCCGUUCAGCCGAGUACAUUCAGCGUUGGUGUCGGCUAAAAGGGAAUGUCUUCCUGUACUUGAAGUCGGCGUCCGAGAUGUCUGAAGGCAUGGGUGCCAUCAUCCUCGAGGGAUGCAGUAUUGAGCGGGAGCAUCUGUCUGGACGGAAGCACGCUAUUCGGAUCGCGAAUGAGACGUCUGGAGAGGAGUUCUUUCUCGCCGCUCACUCGGAAAGAGAGGCGUCUGAUUGGGUUACGUCGUUGCGCAAGGCGAGUUUUGGCGGGCAACGUUCAAUCCUGGCAGAGCUGCGUGAUCGCUACAUGAAGCUGACUGGAGAGGAUCCACUUCCAUCAUCUGUGAUGCUUCAACUGGAACCUGGACAAUGGCAGGAGGAAGUUCCGCAAACCCCGUCACCAGAUCCUGAUGAUGCUGAAGUUAUACUGGAGCUAACAGUUGGUUGCACAGGGCUGUCGAGCCCCGAGGAGCGUGAAGGUGCUACGCCCACUACUUACAUUGUAACUGAGAUCAUGACGCCGCCGCUAGUCGACUGGGUCAACUACUCACAGACAGAAAUCUGCCAGAGUUCCAGUGAUCCAGUCUACUUCUCCACUAUCAUCCUGCGCUCCACCAGUGUAGCAAUGUCGUCACGCGUUCGCCUGACCGUCUUCCACGUGGAGUCAACUUCCUCGCCGUCAGUGCUGGACGACAGUGAGGACGUGAGUGCGGAGGACGUCGCUUGCCUGGACGGGGGCGAGGACGCCGAGGAUAUGAACGGAAAGCCGGCACAGGAUGACAACAGAGUGAUUUGGGCCCUCGGUGAGGCCUGCACCACCGUAGGAGCUGUCAUCAACAACUCUGCGCCUCUUCUCGUUCUACCCGUGAGGCCUAGCACAGCGGGUGACCGGCAGUUCAAUUCCGGUGGUGAAGUGUGCUUACAACGCUGGCGGGACGACAACCCUGGCCGCCCGUCCUCACACUAUCCCCGUGCCAGCGGCAGCAUUUCGCAGGAGCGCCUGACGGAGGACAAGCAGCAGCAUCGGCUGCGGUCGCACAGCGUCAGCCACGACAGCAAAGGCUGGGCUGCCGUGAGCAACAUUGAGAGAGCUACUUUCCGUUUUCCAUGCAUACAAUUGGACAGGUCUAUCAAGGCAGUGGAGUUGAUGGGAGAGAGCAUGUACACGUGGACGGUACCUAUACAGCUGCUGCGGAUAUUUAUCGACGAAGAUCGCAGUCUCAUGUUACAACUGUUGGACCUUAGAAAGCUGAGUAGCGCCUGGUCUGGCCAAUGCGAGGCGUUCAAAGCCGACCUGCAGGAGACGAUCACCUAUUACACUGACCUGAUCAAUCGACUGGAGCUGCUGCUAGGCAAGGGGGAGAUGACGUUCAAGCCGAGCCGACUGAAAAGCGAGCAGCGUCUGGAGUUCGUCGCCACCAACCUGCACGUGCAGCGCAUCCGCCUGAAGAUGGGUGACUCGGUGCUGUCCACGCUCUCGCGUACCCACCACUUGCCGUCGGCGGGGGAGGGUCUCGGCAGCUCGGUAUCCUACAGGAAGAAUCCGAUUGGCAGCCCGGUGUCGCCUGCAAUGUCACACGAAGAGAUGUUUGGUAUGUCACUACCAGGACCUGCGGCAGCACCGGUCGGCAUCAAGGUCAUGCGGCCGGGCUCGUCUGUGGAGAUGUCGGCAGUUAUUGACACUGCACCGGUAACUCCUCGGAAGAGGCAAGGCAUGUGGGAAGUGAUAACCGUCGGAGCCCCUGCAGCGCACUCUCUCAAGUUCCGGAGCGGUGGACUUCGCCGCUUGCUACAACCCUUCGGCGUCACCUCUCAUAACAUGCCGAAUGCAGCUCCCGCCUCUGUUGGCGCUGCAAGUAACGAGCCUCGCUCUAACGUUGUCAACUGUCGAGAGGAGCAGCACCACGCGUCUCGGCAAAUCCGGACGUUACAGGAGGCAUUCUCUGGUGCUGAAGAUCUUCUUCGAGAGGCUGUACAGUCAAAGGACCACGACACGCUGAGGAUGGCCAUGGUGAAAAUGGAGGAGAAGAUAUCGGAGCUAGUGCAGGUUUGCAAGGCAGGUAGUCUGCAUGAGUGUGUGUAUAACCUGUCACGCGCUACCGAGAAGGAUACCAGAGAGGGCUUUGCCGCCAUCAAUCCAGAAUGGGUGUGGAAUGGAAAGGAGUUUGUCAAGUCUGCAACAUCUUCUACGGAUGUAACCAUGUCGUGUCAGAAUGUGCAACAGCACUCGCUGUGCCUCGCCACCAAAGUCGACGCCAUUGUGAAUCACGACAACGAAUUCAGUGAAGUCAUGCAGAAUGACAUUGAGAACUGUAUAUGCAACCUGUCGACAUCCCUGGCAGCCAUGUUCCAACAGUUACAGGCCGCCUUGACGUUCUCAUUGCUCAAGGAGUACGUCGGUUGUCCUAACAUUGUUACUGGUGUCGGUGGCAUUCGCCAUCGGAGAGACCUGUGCUUUUCACAAGCACUGACCAGUAUCAUCACUGCAUUCAUCAGUCACCUGGAAGUGAGCAGCUCGUCUACGCUGACAGUGAUUGGCACUCAGCUAGCACACAUCGGUCUGCUUGUGCACUGGGAGAGCUUACUCAGCACGUUUAGUGAUGAGCUGGGCAUGCUGGAAGACAUGAUAACCGCACUCGAUGAUCUUCAGGUUGUGCAGUUACGGUUUGAACUGAUGCCGGACGACGUAGAAACACCAGCACCGCGGAUAUCGGGAGUCCGCAGCACCAUCGACGUGGCCGUGCCGCUGAGGAAGACCGUGUUUGCGCGCAUGCCGUCGGAACUGCGAAAUGGCCAGUCGUUUGGCAUUCACGUCGUCCUGUUCACGCAGGGCAUCAAUGAAAAGCAGCUGCUUGCCGACCUUGGUAUCAAGGGAGGUGACGCACAACUGCAAGACUCUGUCAAUCUAACCAGCUAUGGCAAGCUGCUCCGCUUUUUCGAGAAGCACCAGGAGGUCUUCUGUAUGGCAAACAAGGAGACCCAGAGCAAUAUUGUAGAAGUACGUCAUCUGCUGGAUGAGCUGCGGCAUACUGUACUUGCUAAGCAGCCGCGUAACAUUGAUAUUCUGACACUGAGUGGGCGGAUCUGUCGUGUAAUGCACGGUCUGCGGUUAACCAGCUGCAAGAGUGGCAAGGAUCGGACUGCAAUGUCCUGUACGCUGGAGGAAGUCAUGCUCAUGAAGAAGGAGCUGUGCCUAGCGCCAGACAACUUUGAGCAAGCGCUGGACGUCAUCAGACGGCGAGGGACACGGCUGAUUAACACGUACAAGAAUAUUGGCGAGCGUCGCUACGCGUUCAGCCACAUGCAGCUCAAAGUCUUUCCAAAGUACUUCCGACCGCCAGAGGGUACGUUUGGUAGCAAUGCCACGUGACACGGAUAUCUCUCUCUCUCUCUCUCCCUCUCUCUCUCUCCCUCUCUCUCUCUCUCUCUCUCUCUCUCUCUCUCUCUCUCUCUCUCGCUCUCUAUCUAUCUCUCUCUCUCUCUCUCUCUCUCUCUCUCUCUCUCUCUCUCCGCUCGCUUGCACAUAGCUCUAUUUUGCUAAUGCUGCCAUGAAAUUGCUGGUACAAUUGCACCCGUUUGCUGAAUGCUGGUUAAGCUUCUUGAGCUGAUUUCUUACCCAAUGUUCCUGUUAGUAUAAGUAUUUACAGAUCAAACACAGGCCAUAUACUCACUGGGCAUGCUGAUAGAUAAUGCAGACGUUGACCCGUUCCGACCGGCUUAUGUUUUGCCAGGCUGAAGACGCACGCACACUCAAACGUACACACGCUCGCACGUACACACGCACACACACGCACGCACGCUCACACACAAUUCCAGUUGUAAAUCGGUCGAAAUUUUAAUUUUUUUAAAUGACAUCCUCUUACCCUAGGUAGUCUAGAUCAAUAGUCUCAGUGCAGCACCGCUCUGAGUGGCACAUUGCUUGUUGAAAGCUGUACUACCAUGUCCAUCCGAGCCUAUUUACAAGAACUACAUGACAUGAAGAUGCCAUUUUGGCAAUCUGUUUUUGCUGCUGGUCAAUGAGAGUGGCUUGAGUCUAUGAAAGCUAGUUAUUAUGAUCAACUUGCCUUUUGCGGGAGAAUUUCCACCCUCCAAGCUUGGCAUAUGUUAUCAGAUUGCACCUUGAGUGCAUUUUGUAAUAGAUUUUUAGGCUCUGUUAUAGCCUGCAAGUAGGUGCUUUAAUUCUA